AUGACUCUGCUGGCUGUGAUGUGCAUUGCGCUCUCAGCGUUUCUGCCCAGCCAGGCAUUCAACUGCAUCUCACACUGCUGUAACAAGAAGGAGAUUGAUGACAUCGGGAACCGGCUCACCAUCAGUUAUCCCAAGCCCCCAAACAUGUCUUCCACCCAGGAUUGCCAUGCCUUUUCUUCUGGAACCGACAACAAGCGAUCCACUUCCCCUUGGAAAUAUGUGGAAGAUUUCAACGGCACACGGUACCCUCAGCGCCUCUGGAGAGCCGAGUGCAGCUGCCCUUCUUGCAUUUCCUUGAGAGAGUUUGUACAAGAGGAUCAUCAAAGAGUCUUCAGUACGUGGGAACUGAAUGGAAACAGCAUCCUUGUUACGUGCAACACCCUCGUCUACAAUCGGGUGCCCUGCAAGAAGAACCCCAACUUGUUCUCCCUUCAGCCGGCAUAUUAUCAGUUGCCUGUCUCUUGCACCUGUCUGGCAGCUCGGCUUUCGUCCCACAAGAGGAAGUGA